AUGAGACCAAAGUUAUUAGUAGUUAUAGGUACCAUGCUCUCAGUGACAGCUGUAAUAGCGUGGACAUUGGGACGUCACCUUUCCUAUAAUGGGUUUCAUCUGUUUGAAAGUAAUGAAAAAUCGCGAUAUGAACAAACGACUGCUUUUCAUCAAAUGGCAACAACUACACGUCUGACUACUACAUCAGAGGCACAACCAAUUGGACCUAUUCGCCUGGACACAAUACGAGAUCAAAGGCAUGCUCACCUAAUGAAGGCGUGCGAUGAUGAUGACGUUAAAUACCGCGGCACGUACCAGGUGCCGUACACAGUGAUGGAGCGCAUGCAGGUUUCCAGGAAACAUCGCCUUCUCUACUGUGGGUUGGAGAAAGCAGCGUCAUCAUUCAUGAAAAGGAUUUUUAUGGUACUUAACGGAGCACCGAAAAAGUCGCCUUAUGAUAUCCCGACAGCCUUGGCAGGUUUUGGGGUUCCAAACUUGUCGGAUUACAAACCGGCAGAAGUUCCAGACAUACUGAAAAAUUCUACCGUCCUUCUCAUCGGCCGUGAUCCGUAUACCCGACUUUUAUCAGCGUACAUUGAUAAAAUGUUUUCUCCCAACGCCAUGUUUGCUGAAAAAAUCGGCAAAUAUGCCAUAUCAUUAACUAGGGAAAAUGUCACGGAACAGAGUCGAAGAUGUGGUUUCGAUCUCACAUUCAAAGAAUUUAUUAAAUAUUUUAUACAAUCACAAGAAGAUGGUCUUCAUCGAGACAACCAUUUUGCUCCCGCCUAUCAAAUGUGCUUACCGUGUACAUACAAUUAUAAUUUUAUAGCAAAAACAGACACUUUAUUGAACGAUUCUGUUUUCCUCCUCACUCAGGUUGGUGAAAAACAAUUGGCGGAAAACCUGCAGGUAAAUUUUACAACCAGGAAUCGUCAAGACAAAAUCAGAGACCAGCCUAAUUUAUUGUUUAUGUUUAGAAAAAAAUAUCAAGGGUGUCUGUCCUUCUUUGAUGCACAAAGAAAAGUUUGGAAAAAACUGCAAGCGACAGGUGUUAUUGACAAGAAGUCAAAGUAUCCUGUAACGCGAGAAGAAAGUGAAAACAUCACCCGGACUUCUUUUGAAAGGUUAUUGCAUGCGGCAGUUGGUGACGUAACUGACGUCACUGUAGCUAGGCGACAGCGAGAGGAGGCUGCUGUCGAGGCAUAUUCUAGUCUUGAAGGAGAAGACUUGGAAAAACUUAACAAAAUAUUUGCACCAGAUUGCAAGAUUUUCAAAUUCAACUGUAGACCCCAAAAGUUUUUCGAAACUGAUCCCAAUAUCAAAUCGUGGUAUUUCGAUAUCGAGACGGCCUAA